AGCCAUACCAUGGCGGGAGCUGUCAUGGGGCUGCUCCGUGCUGAGGAGGGGACGUGGGAGCCUCACAGUGAUGGCGACACGGCGCUGUCACCCCACAGCCACCCCAGGCCCUUUCCUUGUCGCCAGGGUGGCCCCAGGCUGUGUCACCUACUCCGUGCGUCCCCCCCCGGCGGGCUGCGAUGGCGGCGAGCCGGGCUCUGAGUGCCCUGCUCCUCCGGGCCGCCGCCCGGCCGCCGCUCGCUGCCUGCGCCCGCAGCAACUCCAACCGCGCCGCCAUCGGGCACCUGCAGCGGCAGCGCUACGGGCGGCUCUACCCGCUGCUGCUCGUCGGCACCGACGGCUCCACCGUCCGCCUGCGCUACGGCGAGCCCAAGAGGAUCCUCAUGAUGCCCCUGGACAGCAACACGCUGCCCGAAGCCGAGCGCAAGGCUCGUCUGCGCCGCCACUUCCCCAGCAAGCCUAAGGCCAAGGAGGAGGAAACCUUCGAGGGCAUCGACCUGGACACCUACAAGAAGUUCUGGAAGAAGUGAAGCGCUGAAACCACAAGUGUUUCGACGUAUAAAUAAACGUAUAAAUAAAAACAUACAUAAGUA